AUGGAAAAAAGGGGAAUCCUUAUCAACGACAAUCAUGUGAAUGGAAAUCUCUGUCUGUUUCAAGAAAAUCCGGAAGAGAUUCAUAUGCUGUUAGGAGCGGACACCGCAGCACAAUUGUUCACUGAAAGAAUUGAACAUUUUGCGGGGGAUUACGUAGCCUUUGAGACCAAGUUAGGCUGGACUUUAAUGGGCAAGAUUAAAGAGAAUGCGAAUACGUCGAGUUCCCUGUCCGUUCUUUCUUUAUCCUUACAUGUUUCCGAUACAAAUUUGUCCAAUCUUUGGCGUUUAGACACCUUGGGGAUUUCAAGUCAGGAAAACAAAACGAAAAGUGCCUUGGAAGAAGAAACCCGAAAACAUUUCUUAAAAAGUGUAAAACGAGAUAGCUCCGGGAGAUAUGAAGUAACCUUACCCUUUAUUUUAGAUAAAUCCGUCUUAUCCAGUAACCGUACUGUGGCAGAAAGACACCUCGUCAAAACCGAAAGUAAACUAAUUAACACACGCAGAAGAAAAGAUUACGAAGAAAUAUUUGAUGAGUGGGAAGCGAAGGACAUUAUUGAGGUAGUAACUGAGGAAAAGGAGGAAGGAGUGCACUACUUGUCACACAGACCUGUAAUAAAAGAGUCUAGUGAAACUACAAAGAUACGGCCUGUUUUCAAUGCAUCUGCACGUUCUAAGAAUUCACCCUCUCUCAAUGAUUAUAGAGAGAGCAAGACGAAAGUUGUCCCAGUAUUAGGAUUAGUAUGGGAUUUAGAAAAAGAUAGUUUGAGUUGCAAGAUCGAAGAAACAUUUAACUUGAGGGAACCUAUUACCAAAAGAAAAGUUUUGUCAAUUACCCAGAAAAUUUUUGAUCCCAUUGGCUUUACUGCACCGAUAACUGUAAUUCCUAAGCUAAUUUUGCAAGAAACAUGGAACCAGAAGAUUAAGUGGGAUGAAGAUCUUCCUCUUCCCCUAAGUGAGCAGUUUGGGACUUGGUUGAACCAAUUGCCUCUGCUAUCUCAGAUUGAAAUUCCUCGUUGGUUAAAUAUUGAUUACGAAAACGAAGAUACCGUAGUGCUCCACGUUUUUUCGGAUGCUAGUAAAAGAGCCUAUGCCACAUGUGCAUUUUUAAGAGCUGAAACCAUCGAAGGUGUAAAGGUUCAGUUAGUAAGCGCGAGAAGUCGAAUAGCCCCUAUUAAGGAACUUACGAUUCCACGGCUUGAACUUCUUUCCUGUCUGAUAGGUGCCAGGCUUGCCAAAACAAUUCUAUCAGAUUUGAAACUUAAGAAUUGUAGAACAGUGUUCUGGAGUGAUUCUUCUACAGCUUUGGGGUGGAUAAGAAGGGAUCAAGCAUGGGGUACGUUUGUUCACAAUCGAGUACAAGAAAUAAGAUCGCUUACCAGAAUAUCUGACUGGAGGCAUGUACCUGGAAGUUUAAACCCAGCGGAUCUCCCAUCGAGAGGAUGUACUAUUGAGCAAUUACAGAAAUCGGCAUGGUGGGAGGGCCCAUCGUGGCUUUACUUACCAGAAGACGAGUGGCCCCAUGUAGAAGAAAAGCCUGAUGAAGAACUUAUAAACAAGGAAAAAAGGAAAACGAUUCUGACUCUUCUAGAUCAUGGAGACAAUUUGGACCGGUACUACAAAUACUUCUCUUCAUAUAGAAAAACCGUGAGAAUGAUCGCUUGGAUUUUCAGGUUUUAUCACAAUUUAAAGAACAAAGAUAAAAACCUCACUCCUGAUGUCUCAGUUGAUGAAUUGGAGAAUGCUGAAAAGGCACUUUGUAGAUUGGUACAGAAAGAAUCAUUUACAGGCAUAAACGAUCCCGCCAUUCGUGCGCUGAGACCAAUCGUAGACCAAAAUGGAAUUUUAAGAGCCAAAACGAACGUCCUACAGCGUCAAGAUAAUGAAAAUUUCCGAUAUCCUAUCAUUUUACCUUCAAAACAUAUUCUUGUUGAGAGACUAAUUUACGAGAAACAUCUAGAACUCCAGCAUGCUGGUGUCAGCACUUUAAUGACAAAUCUUAGAGAAAACUUUUGGAUAUUAAAAUCCAGAAAAAGUAUUCGAAAUAUUAUCAGAAAAUGUGUAAGAUGUAAAAGAUUUGUUUCACAAAGAGUGGAAGUCGAGCCAGGAUUUCCACCCGAAGAUCGAGUCAGAGAAGGGGCGACUUUUGAAGUCGUCGGUGUAGAUCUAGCGGGUCCUCUCUAUCUCCGUGAGGGGUCUAAAGCGUGGAUAGUCUUGUAUACAUGUGCCAUUUAUAGAGCCAUUCACCUCGAACUAGUUACUUCUCUAUCUACAGAAACUUUCAUCCAAUCUUUACGUAGAUUCAUUGCCAGAAGAGGUAGACCUUAUGUGAUAUAUUCCGACAACGGAACUAAUUUUGUAGGGACUAACAGUGUUCUUAAGAAAGUUAAUUGGAACGCCAUAUGUUCAGCUGCUUCUAUCCAAAGGAUACGAUGGAAGUUCAACCCUCCGACCGCCGCCUGGUGGGGAGGUUGGUGGGAGAGGCUUGUGCGAAUGGUGAAAGAAAAUUUAAGAAGAGUGUUAGGUCGAACGUCCUUAAAUUAUGAAGAAUUAUAUACUAUAUUAUGUGACUGUGAACAAGUGAUUAAUUCGCGACCUAUCACAUACGUAUCAGAGGAUAAUCAAGAUCCAUCACCACUGACCCCUAUGAUGUUUCCUGCAAGAAUUGCCGUCAUCAGGAUUGAGACAACAGGCAAUAAAGAAGGGAAAAUUUCAACAGUUGCAAGUAGGCGAUGUCGUUCUAUUGGAAGACAGCCAGAGAGACGACGCAUACAUUGGCCUUUAGCCAAGAUAGUCGAGCUUUUCCCCAGUAAAGACGGAAUAGUUAGACUAGCGAGGGUCAAGACAAGAAAUGGAAUUCUGCUUCGUCCAGUGCCCCGGCUUUUCCCGUUGGAGAUCUCUACUUCCGAAUCCGUUGGCCCUCCGUUCCCCGACAGAGCACCUCGAGAUAGAAACGACCAUGCAACUGGUCAGGCUGAUCAGGCUGCUAGUAUUCCAGAACCUGCCUCAAGUCCUCGAGUGAUGACCAGAGCUGGACGAGUUGUUCGGCCUCCUCAUCGACUGGACCUGUGUGUAUUGAGUUCCUCCGCAUCGUCGGAUCUCAAUGGUGGGAG